GUUGUUGUAUGCCACAAAUUAGUUUAUUACACAUUUGUAGAGUCAUCCACGUGUCAUUUGGUAUUACCAAACCUACCAAUGCAUCUCUGAAAGUGAUGAAUAGCACGGUACGGUCUGUUCAAUGUGGAGUACCACUAAGUGUCUAUGAUAAACCAGCUCGUGUUAAUCUCUUACAAAGCUGAUGAACUCAUCUGUAUUAUAUGUUGUGUUAUUUCUCGGCUACCAUGUGUAGUGUAAUCUAUGAUCAUAAACUUGUUUUCAGGUGUAAACUGACUGCUGUGUCCACUUCAAUGGCUCCUCUCAAAUUUGCCAUUAAGUGUGGGAACUUUGCUGUGCUGGUGGAUCUCCACGUUCUGCCCCUGGGCGGCCAAGAGGAAGCCGGCUGGUUUACUGCGGACCACGUUCAGGAGGUUACGGCCCUGGUUCGAGAUGCUGUGGACCAGAGGGUGAAGCAGUACACAGAGUCCCGCCACAAUAGAAGACAGCCCAAACAGAAGAAGGAGCUGGCACCUGCUUCAGCCUUUUUUGUGAAAGGGAAAAACUUCAACCUGGUGGCCAAUUUUCUGAAGCGGCACUUCAACCUCAGAUGUGUUGCCAAGCAGUUCUAUGGGGAUUUGCGUGUGUUUCCUGAACGCUAUGUUGUGUGCGCGAGCUGUCCAGAGGACGCCGCAGCGCACCAUGGAAACCUGAGCAUGGCCGCGACUCAACUGAGCGAACAAAGCCGAUCGGAAUAUUUUUCCAGAGUGGGAGAAACCCUAGAGCCUUUAAACAGCCCCACAAAAACAAAGAAGACUGUGCUUCAAAAGAUAGCCAAACAAGCUAGAGUCCAGCAAGAGCUCUAUGGUUCCAGCGUGGGGAAACAGAAGAUUAACCUAAGAGCCUGUCCCAAAAACCAAAGAGCUGCAGAGUCAGAAUCAAGCCCAAAAGAGACUGUAUCCAGCUCUGGACAGAAGGGCCUCCCAGAGGCAGACCACAACAUGCCUUGUCCCAGUGCCUCAAAGGAAGCUCAGAUUGGGAAUACUCGAAAGCAGGGCCUGACCAAGGAGCAGCAGACUGAGAACAGUCCUCCAGACAGCAUCAACCCAAAUGGGGCCUCAGUAGUUCUCUGCCAACAUGAAAUCAGUCAGGAGACGAGAAAGAGCAAGAGGUGCAAGCCAAGCGCUGCAGGGGAAGACCUUCACCCACGGAGGGCCAAGAGGACGUGCCUUGGAAGACCUCCAGCCACAAUGCAAACUCACUCCGAGUGCUCCACACAAACAUCCAAGCGUGACCUUCUUCCUCUUCCUCCAGUCGAAGCCAAGGCAGAGUCCAAGGCUUUCGCAGUCACCGAGCGCAAGAAAACCACACUGGAAGUAGAGCUGCUUACUCCAGAAAAACGGGCCCAGAGGCUCCCCCUCACAAGCAAUAACACGGCACAGACAAACCAAAACAGGCUGGCCGCAAGUCUGAGGGGCCUAUCUGUCAAGCCUGCAUCCUCAGGCUCCUCUAUUAGUUCCAGAUCCACACUCGGAGAGGGGGGGGAGCGAAAAUGUGCCCAGAGCCUCUAGAUUAGGACGGCUGAAGAGGUCCUGAGGGGGAGAGACAAGCGACAGUAAAGAUGCCUGACGCCACAGAUAUGAUAUUGUGUCAGGCUACGCGUUUACCUCACAUGACAUGCAUUUGUACACGUGUCACAUUUCAUUACAAUGUCUAUUCUUUUCACAUGUGCUGUACAUUCAGUGCGCGCGUGCACACACACACAGAUGAAUUUCUGAACACAUUAUGGCAAUUGAUACAUGAGCGUUUGGGUUACGCUUUGUCAAAUACUUGAAACAGACUUUGCCUCCACCCUUAAGUAGUGGUGGUCAAGAGAGGCUCGCAAAAUGAAAGUCAAAAACCUUUAAUUGGAGUUUAGAUUUGGUUUUGUGUUAAAGUUUCGGGAUUUCAGACAGGCAGGAGCCAUGCAGUACGUCAUGGCUUUCAGUCUGAAAUACUGGCUCCUACGGGUCUGAAAACUGUCCAGUUUCCCCACUGAAGCUCUGGUGUGAUUGAUUGCUGUUUCCAGAUUUAUUUCAUCACAUUCUCAAAAAUGUACUUAUGUAGUUGGAUUUCAUUCAUAUACAAUUUGCUCAAUACUUAGUUGCUAAGCACCCGAAAUGUAUCUUUAAAUGUGGGGGUAUUAUGCAGCUCGUAUAUUGAACUUGGACCAAAUAUGUGUGGAUGUAUGAAGAGUAUUGAAAUAUUAGUGGUUUUUAUUUGGGAGUAGCAGGGCGUCUUCGGUCUCGCAGGUUAAAAUGCAGCUGCGGUCGUUGCCCAACACUCGACAGGGCUCUUUGGAUCACUCACUUGGCCCUAGCCCAGAGAGAGCAUGGGGCAACUAGGGGCCAACGGUCCCUCACACCCCCAUGUAAAGCCCAAGAUGCUCCACUUGAUGACAUGUUGGUUGAUUACAUUACUCCCAAUUUGUUUUUAUUUUACUGGAAAGAUUUUAUGAUAUAAAUAAACUUGUUUUUUCCCAGCAAAAAAUAAAUCUCUUGAGUCUUUAUGGAAAUAGGUUGAUCAUUUUCUGGAAGCAGCCUGCGUGAAAUAACAUACAGAUCUCUGCACUUUGUUCUCCUCCAAUACAGUCCAGACUGGCUGAUGCUCAUGGCAAUUUGACAGCGAAGGCCUGUCCAACAGUGAUGUUACUAAUAAAGCAGUGCUUCUCCGUCUGCUUUAGUGGGUGUAACCUGAGAUGAGUCACUCACAGGAGCCAAUUCUGUUCUUAUCGAGACAGAGACAACAUGGUGGAUUAGGGAAGCUGACCCUACUGUUUUAAGUCCUUAUAUGGUUUAACGUCUGUGUUAAUCUCUCGCUUUGGAUUUAAUCCUUUUAAAAACAGAUUCUGUGAAGAAGUACAUCUUAAAAUCAGUUCAACUCUACAGCGUAGUCUUCUCAGGCCUGCUAGUUUGAAAGGUUUGAGUUAAACUUAAAACAAGGGCAACAUUGUCUGAGGACCAUGGGGAGAAGGGUAUUUUUGUCUCCACGAUUGACUUAAUACGAGGUUGGCCUGCUACAACGUAAUUAGCUGUAAACACAUUUGGACAGAUCUUGCUCAUCUCGUCUAUGAUGUCUCUCCAGCAGCAGUUCCCACACCAGCUGCAUGAGAAACCUCUGACGUGUUUGGCUUGAUGCAUCACAGACAAGACUUCACUCGCUCUCCAGAACAAAGACAACUUUAAUUCUCUUUUCAUACAAAAUAUUUAAUAAAUAUGACUUUCAAAAAUAUAUUGCCAGAUCAACACAUAAUUCUCAAGUUCAUAACAAAGUCAAAAAUAGAACAAAAUGUUGCCAUGAUCUCAAAGGGUUAACAAAUGAGAUAAAACAUGUUUGUCUUUAAGAGCCUCUUUUUUUUUUUUUUUAAA